AUGAAGGUCCCAGUCCUUCCUGCUGUGGUUCUUCUCUCGCUUGUGGCGCUCCACUCUGCUCAGGGUGCCUCCCUGGGUACUUCCGAGGAAGAAACCACCAUCGGUGAUUAUGCGGCAGGCCCUGAGGCUUUUAAGCCCGAUGAAUUCCUGAACUGGCAUGCCCUCUUUGAGUCUAUCAAAAGGAAACUUCCUUUCCUCAACUGGGAUGCCUUUCCAAAGCUGAAGGGUUUGAGGAGUGCAACUCCCGACGCCCAGUGACUGUUCCCCUCAAGACCCAGCACUGCUGACACCCACUGGAGGAGGGGCUAAGUGUGGGAUCUGAUCACCAUCUUGUAAUCACUCUCUCCGGGCUCAG